AUGGUGAUGUACGCGGUGUUGGGCAUGAGGAUAGCGUUCGCUGGCACAAUCAACCCAAUGUCAGUAGCCCCCAACCUCCCCACAUCAAAUGUCGGCGAUCAGAAUCAGGCGCCACCGCAAGACUUCAGACGGGAGACGGAUCUAUAUAUGCCGAUGACCAACAUCGUCCGAGUCCUACGUAGGGAGCUCCCGCCCCAUGCAAAAAUUUCCGACGAUGCGAUGGAGAUUAUUCAAGAGUGUGUCUCAGAGUUCAUCUCCAUUGUAACUAGUGAGGCCAAUGAGAAGGCCCACCGCGAGUACAGAAAAACCAUCCACCCAGAAGAUGUAAUCGCCGCCAUGUCCUCACUUGGGUUCGAUAACUACGUGGAGCCCCUGACAGUUUAUCUGAAUAAAUAUCGGGCUGAGGAUCCGGAGCGCGGGGCCUCGAUGCAGAUUCAAUAG